AUGGAAGCGUCGGAUAAUUGGACGCCCACAUUUGUGGUUGGCCAGCACGAACGAAACCGCGCUGCGCCUGUACCUCCAGAGUUCAUACAGAGCGCCUAUGAUAGUGGUUAUGACCUUGUAACAACCCCAAUCACGACGGAGGACUUUCACUCAAAAGUCCUGGCCUUGCUCUCAUCGCAUCUAUCCAGCCUGGAAUCUCCCUCUCAGGAUGUCUGUGGAACAUUGGCCACUUCCACCAACACAAGGCCUCUUACGAUCCCAUCUUUAGCGCUUUCUGAUUCCCAUCUGAGCCCAAAUCCAUCCGUCAGCAGCAUGGUGGCAAUUUCAAGCAGGUGGACCGAUCUUUGCUCGCCGGACCCCUUAAUCGCAGACAUCUCCCGUCAAGUGCUUUUACAUGAAGUUGCUUAUGCCGCAUUCUGUGGAAUAAGUUAUCUCGUAAUACCUGGACCAAAAUUACAAUAUGGAAGUAUGGGAUUGAUGCACUAUGCCCGUGCAAUCCAAGAAGCUAUGAACCUUGCGCCUUAUAUCCAGGUGCAUAUCUGGCUCCAAAUGACUGAUAACCCAGGCUCAGAGAGCAAUGACAUCGGCGACUUGAUGCCAUUUGCACGGGCCGAAUAUGUACCUGAGCAGGAUACAAACGCGCCGAUUAGACCGGAUCACCUUGGCACCUGGGACGCAUGGGAUGUUAUUCGGAGGGUUUGUAAAUAUCAUGCCCGCCUUUUUGUCGCCCUAUCAUUACCCAAGUAUCUUCCACCCACUUCAGUACAAUCCAGAUGGCUAUCCGAAACAGUUCAUAUGCUCAUGAUCGGAGCAAACACGUUUCUCAGAAACCAAAAGGGUUACCCAGUGUUAUCUAGGCCACACCAGGCCUUAAUAUCUCGAUUCAUGCGUUUGAAAGUCCAACCUUGGAUUAUUUUAUGUGACGUUGGCCCUCUACCCGAUCCUCUUCGGGAAAGCAGUGGGGAUUCGCCAACACCUGCGGAAGCCAUGGAACGAUCUGCGCCGAUUGUUAAAAAGAAUCAUGACCCAACACCUCAUCUCUCAUAUAUUCGCAAUUUACAAACAAAACAGCCACCUCGCACGCCUAUGGAGCGAUUUGGGGUUGGGUAUCAAGACUUUUUGCAAGCACCGCUGCAGCCACUGACUGUGAAUCUUGAAAGCGUGACAUACGAGGUGUUUGAAAAAGAUCCAGUCAAAUAUGAAUGGUAUGAACGUGCGAUCACUAAAGCAUUGAAGGAUUGGGCCAGUAAGAGUAGAACGACAUCCUGCCCUGAUGGACGUGUCGUAAUUGCAGUUGUGGGCGCUGGUCGUGGCCCUCUAGUGACGCGAGCAAUUCGAGCCAGCGUAGAAGCCGGCGUCGAUGUUGAGAUGUGGGCCGUUGAAAAGAAUCAGAACGCAUUUGUGCAUCUCCAGCGGCAAAAUAGCAAUGUGUGGGCUGGCUGUGUGAACUUGGUCCAAUCGGACAUGAGGAGCUGGAAAGGUCCACACAACAGUUCUACUGUGCAGGCUGAUGGAUCGGAGCAGGCGACAAUGCCUGUAGUCCACUAUCCAGUGGAUAUUUUUGUCUCUGAGCUCUUAGGCUCUUUUGGCGACAACGAAUUAUCCCCUGAAUGUUUGGACGGAGUCACUCAUCUCCUGAACCCAACUGAUGGAAUCUCUAUCCCAGCCUCUUAUUCCGCCCAUCUUACCCCUAUUUCCUCCCCUCGACUUCACGCUGACAUCAAGGGGCAAAGCAUUUCGAAUCCAGCUGCUCCAGAAACGCCCUAUGUUGUUAUGCUCCACGCCUUUGACUUCCUCUCAACUGAGCAGCGUUCCUCGCCGCCAGCAAGCCAACGACCGUCUGCGAACCCUACACCGUCAUCUUCCACUUUCAACAUCGCCAAAACCUCAACGCCACCACCUAUCCUGGAAUCCUCGACUCCCAUAGUUCACACAGCAUGGUCUUUUUCCCACCCAAACCCUCAUAUCCCACCCCCCUCGGCAUCUUCAUCUGUUAUCUCAAACGCUCAUAACGUUCGUCAGGCUCGACUCACAUUCCCAUGUCGCCAGCGUGGCGUAUGUCAUGGGCUAGGCGGAUAUUUUGAGACCGUUCUUUACGACGAUGUAGAGCUUUCAACAAACCCUGUCACCAUGGAUUCCAAGAGUGAAGGGAUGAUAAGCUGGUUCCCCAUCUACUUUCCCUUGAAGACGCCUCUACACGUCACUGAAAACUCUGAAGUCGUCGUGACGAUGUACCGCCAGACCGAUGACCGUAGGGUUUGGUACGAAUGGAUUGUCGAGGUCUUUGACCUACAGGAUCGUGCGGACUCGUCUAGUGGAGCUAGAAGACUUCGUGUAGCGAUGAGUGAUUUCCAUACUAGCAUCAAGGAUGGGUGUUUGAUGUAA